CUGUCAUAUGACCUAUCGAUACUUGAGAACUGUCAAACCCGGCCACGCGAAGCUGCCAGCUAAACUUCCGCUGGGCCAUCGUUCUUUCGUUCUCAGACCGUCUUCGUGACCAGAAGGAAAAUGAGAGCUAAGUGGCGUAAGAAGCGUAUGCGUAGGUUGAAGCGUAAGCGCAGGAAGAUGCGUGCAAGGUCUAAGUAAACGCACCUCGCCAUCGACCAUUUUCGUGGAACUUCUGACGUACAAAAAUGAACAUGCCGACUGGGCAACUUGAGGCCCGAAGUAAUUGCAAAAUUAGUUUUCAAACCAGAAAAUAAAUGUGCUUUACAAUAUUCACUUUGAAAUUUCCAUUUGAGAAAACUUUUUAAAUAAAUUACUGGUUUACAAAAGUUCCACAAAAAAAAUAACAUUGUGUUAAAUUGCCAAAACGGAGGGAAAAAAAAAACUGUGCCCCGCUUGCAUGUGUGUGAGUUGAAUCAAAUUGCGCGUCUUAUCGCAACCUGCCAAGAAGUCAUAGAGCCAGCCCACAAUGCUCAUUCUCUGUAUUUAGAUAUAGUACAAAAACACCACCGGAAAAUUUAUUCUACAAGGUGGCCGGCCAUUCGAAGGACUUUUGGACCACUAAACCUUGCGGACGGGAAUACUGUCUAUAACAGAUAUGAGAGAAAAAUCACCCGCGACGUCCAAGAACUCGACGCGAGUUCAACUGCUGCAGGCGAUUGGAGGUGGUGUCUCCGGGGCAAUAACUCGGUUUGUAACGCAGCCGUUUGAUGUGCUGAAGAUCCGAUUCCAAUUGCAGGUGGAGCCCCUGAAGAGGAAGUCAUUAAAUUCGAAAUAUAGCGGAAUGCUGAACGCCUUCGCCAGCAUCUAUCGGGAGGAGGGGCUGCGCGGCGUCUGGAAGGGCCACAUAGCCGCCCAGAUGAUGAGCAUCACAUACGCCUUGGUGCAGUUCUGGUCGUAUGAGCAACUGCAUCGGGCGGCCCAUCAAAAUAAAUUCUUUAACGAGCAUACGCAUCUCAGCUAUUUUAUGUGCGGCGGCCUGGCCGGCUGCAUGGGCACAAUAUUGGCCCAGCCAUUCGAUGUGAUCCGUACACGGGUGGUCGCCGCCGAUCCGGGCAGCAGUGCCGGAUCGUUGAAGCCCGUGUCGGGCGUGGGCAAGAUAUUCAAACAGGAGGGCAUGCGCGGCGUCUCGAGCGGUAUGAUGAUGACCCUGAUACAGAUCUAUCCGCUGGUUGGUGCCAAUUUCGUCAUCUACAAGUUCUGCAACCGUUUGGCCCUCACACUGAACGGAUACUUUCACGACGAUCCCAAACCCAACCACAGAAUACCCGGUCCCCUGCUGUUUUUCAAUGGCGCCGUCGCCGGCGUCCUAUCCAAGAUGUUGGUCUACCCGGCCGAUCUGGUCAAGAAACGCACCAUGCUCAGCCACUUUCAGCACGAUCGCAAGACAUUCGGCACCAAUCCCAACUGCGACACGGUGAUGCACUGUAUCCGGACCACGUACGAGCGGGAGGGCUGGCUGGGCUUCUACAAGGGAAUGCUGCCCACGCUGUACAAGUCGGGCGUUAUGUCCGCCUUCUAUUUUACCAUAUACGAUUAUUUCAAUCGCAAUAUAACCAUACCCUAUCAGAAGCACGAGACGGCCGAGAAGCAGGAGAGGCAGGAGGAGGAGAAGAAGAAGAAGGAGGAGGAGAAGAAAAGUGUUUUGGCAAAGGAGAUGGAGAAGAAGAAGAAACAGGAACAGGAGAAGGAGAAGGAGAAAAAGUCGGGCGUCAAGAGAUCGGUGAAUUAAUUGAGAAACCCUCGCAAAAACGUACAACAACUAUUACAAUAUACAUAUAUAUACAUAUGUAUAUAAUUAUGUAUGUGCAUAUAUAUAUAUAUAUAUGUAUAUAUAUGAAACAGUUACUUCAUUUCGAUAUGCUUUUCCUACACAUUUUUUUGCUAUAUUCUUGGACUAUGUAUAUAUAUGAAUAAUUUUACUAACUGAUCAAUGAUAAAAAUCCAAAUGAGAAAUA